CAUCCUUGAACUACACUGACAAUGCACUGAAAGUUCGAAAAGAUCGUCGCCACAAGUGAAGCGACCCAAUCCUUUCCAUGGCUUCUGUAUCCACGAGCUCUGCGUUGCACCUUCCUCCCCUUUCCGUUCGCCGCGGCGGCGGCGGCGUCGUCUCAAGUCCCAAGCUACUUCAUCCUAUGGUCGCCGACGCCUCUCUGGCUAGUGCUACUGCUAACCACAGCUUCCUCUCGAUCACGACACCCAUUGAUCUGACGCCCGUGCUUAAGAACAAGUGGAGGACGCGCGUCUCCUUCUUCACAGGUUUGUUGGGAAAGAAUAAGACGAAGAAUGCCGAGGCGAUCAAGGAGGAGCUCUUCGAAGCCAUUGCGCCUCUCGAUCGUGGCGCCGAAGCUACUCCUGAAGAUCAGGAGAAAAUCGAUGAGAUAGCUCGGAAAUUGGAAGCGAUUAAUCCGACCAAAGAGCCUCUGAAGUCCGAAUUUCUCAAUGGAAAGUGGGAGCUCAUAUACACGACCUCGCAAUCAAUUUUACAAACACAGAGACCUAAGUUCUUAAGAUCUAGAACAAAUUACCAAGCUAUUAAUGCAGACACACUUCGGGCUCAAAAUAUGGAAUCCUGGCCAUUCUUCAAUCAGGUUACAGCAGAUUUAACACCUUUGAAUGCAAAGAAGGUUGCUGUAAAAUUCGAUGUUUUCAAGAUUGGGGGGCUGAUACCUGUUAAGGCUCCAGGACGAGCUCGUGGGGAGCUUGAAAUUUCGUACCUAGAUUCACAGUUAAGGGUGUCAAGAGGUGACAAGGGAAAUCUCUUUAUCUUAGUAAUGGUUGAUCCAUCCUACAGAAUCCCUACUUGAUAUGUACAGAUAAUCAAGGUAUUCUUUUCAUCUCCUCUCAUAGUUACAUCAUUUAAUUUUUAUUUAUUUUUACCUGCUCUUCCCCUAAAAAUUUACUAUCCAUAUGAUUUGGUAAGAGUUUUUUGUGCAUAAAAAUGUUGUAAACUGCAAUGAAUGUCCUAUAUAAUUCGAUUUUGUUUAAUUGCCUAA